CUGACCCUUUUAUUCUCUUCUUCAGCAACCAGUGCAGAGAUUGUGGGACUCAGCACAAAGGCUGCUGUAACCCAGGACAAGGGACAGGACAGUCAACGCUUUGGGACACCCGAGACAAUUUGGGCAUAAAAUAUAAAGACUAAGGACAUCAAGAGACACAUGCAGAGAGCUCAUUACCGAGAUACCCAAAAGCAGGCACGCCCACACGAAAUAGUGCAGUCGGACCCUCCCACUCGACAGUAGCCAGCUAUUACCUCGUAUCUAAACUACUAGAUAUCCAGAUAUCCCGGUGCGCAUAUACCAACCAGAGACGUCCAGGAGAGCAAAUACCCAUUGGAGACCUCCAGGGAAACAUAUAACCGACCGAGACCUUACGAACUAUUUGUUCUAUUUUUUAGAUCUGAACUCACAGAUGGAUAUGUUACUGCUGCUUCUGCUGCUGCCUGGAUGUCUCUUUGCCCUUUCUGAUCCUUUGGUUGUUGAGGUCUCAAUCAAUGAAAAAGCAAUUAUCCAAUGUGGUGCAAAAAUCAGCAAAGCCACCAAAUACAGUGUGACGUGGUCUAUUACAGACCAGAAUGGAGACCCCCAGCGUAUCAUGUCCUACAGUGAAAAAGGUGGGCAGAUAGACCCUGGCACAGAUUACAGUAACAAGAUUGAAAUGGCAACUGAUUUCAGCCUGGUAAUUAAAGAGGCACGUCUGAGUGAUGAUAGAACUUUUACCUGCAAAGUGAGCUCAGAUACUGAGGGAAGCAGAGAGGAAACGAUUUCACUAAAGGUGUUUGAUCCCCCGGAAGUUCCUGAGCUGAGUAUAACCACUAAUAUGUUAUCAGUCACAAUAGCAGCAGCUUCUAAGAUUGGCACCUGUGUCAGUCGUAAUUCAUACCCAGCCCCAGUCAUCAAGUGGUACAAAAAUAACAUGCUUUUAAACCCAGCAUCUGAAGCAAACAACGAUUUAUACAUGACGUCUCGCACAGUUACAGAAGCCUCUGGUUUGUACACUGUCUCUAGUGUUCUGUUCUUGAGACCCACCAAAGCAGAUAAGGACUCUUUUUUCUCCUGUAAAGUUGUGUAUCAGCUGCCAGGAGGAGGACAAGACAGUUUGGAAUCCGAAAGGUUUAACCUUACUUUGCACUACUACCCUGAAGUUGUGCAGUUUGAGGUUGCGUCUUUGCUUCCCAUUAAGGAGGGGGACACUGUGACAUUGCGUUGUGUAGCAGAUGGGUACCCACCCCCUUUCUACAGCAUUACCAAAUUGCAGGAUGGCAAAGAGUUGGAGUUGUACUCGGGUACUGAAGGAGCAGUCACUUUUGAUCCUAUUUCUAGAAAUGAUAAUGGGUCCUAUCACUGUGUAGCUGUGGAUUUUGACAGUCCUUCUGAUGCUACUCUCGAAACGGAAAUAGACAUCAAUGUACAUUAUCUGAAUGAACUCUCUAUCAUCCCAGCGAACCCCAUAACAGUUGCAUUGGGAGAAGAUGUCCCUCUGUCUUGCUUGGGGGAUGGCUCAGACGAUCCUGAAAUGCUCUGGAAAAAGGGUAACAAAGUUAUUGCUAAGAAUAGCAGACACCGCUUGCGCGAGGUUUCCUAUGCAGAUUCUGGGAUUUAUACCUGUGAAGCUACAGUCCCAUCAGUGCCAGGUCUUCGCAAAGAGCAAAAUAUCAUGAUCACUGUUGAAGGAAAAGCCCAAAUUGAGUCUGGGAAUGAUGUGUUUGAAGUUCCUGUAGAAGGUGUUUCCGUGACAGUGUCUUGUUUAGCAACUGGAUACCCACAACCACAAAUUAUCUGGAUCCCCGAAUCUCUAAAGGGCACACAAUAUGUCUCCGGCCUUCAGGUUUACAGCAAUGUCUCAUUUCCUGUAACAUCGAAACUGAUUAAUGGCGUUUACUGCACUGCAAAAAAUGAUAUCGGCACCACCCAGAAGCAAAUCACAUUACGCAUUUUGAGCUUGGUUUCCCCGACCAACGCACCAAAUAAAGAGCAGCAGAGUGGUGGUAGCAGCACAGCCGUCAUUGCAGUUGUCGUUUGCGUCCUGCUUCUCCUUUUGGUCGUUGCUUUCUUCUAUUUCCUGAGAAAGAAAGGAAGGUUGACAUGUGGAAGAUCUGAGAAGCAGCAAUUGCCGCAGGAUCCUGCUGCUACUAAGUUGUCUGUUGAGUUAAAGUCAGAUGAACGCACAGAUCAACAUGGUCUUUUGGGAUCACAUGGAGGGGGUGGCUCAGCAGAGUGUUAAUGAGUGGUGGACUCACUCCCAUGGAUGGAAGACGCCAUCUUUGCGUUACCUGGAACUCAUCCACUGCCUAUAGCCUGUGGAUCUCUGCUUUCACUGCUCCCUGCACUUGACACAAACUUAUAAAAAAAGUAAUACAAAGACUUAUAUUUGUGAGAUUCUUCAAGAGAUCCUUGAUGAUUUCCGUAAGAUUUCAGGAAAUCUGAAAUGACCCCUCAGGUUCUCUUAUUUUUCUAUGACACGUUGGGGGAUAUCCACUAAGGCCUGCUGCCCGAUAAACACCUCAGUCCAACGUUGCCUUGAAUGGCGGAUGAUCAGUGUCGCAUUACCUACUUAAAUAUCCGCCAGUUUCCCUCCUUUGUUUAUGUUUUGAUGUUUUUCUUGUCAUUUUGUUGCUUUUUUUUUUUUUUACAAGAUAUUUUUUUAUUUUCUAAAUAUGCGUGAAUGUUUUCUCUUAGGCUAUUGUUGACACAUCUCUCCCAGCAUGCCUUGGGAGAAGAGGUGCUGUGUGGGCAUUGUAGUACUACACUGGUCUUGGCCUGCACCUGUCUGGCCUAUAUAUGUAUAUAAUGUUUUUUUUCUUUGUGGUCAUUACACUGGUCAGACCUUCACAAUGUCUUUCUGUGUUUUCUGUUGAGUAAAUAUUAAUUAUGCCUAUAAGAUCUUGUUUCUCAAAACUCACCCAUUAGAUUGCCAUCCUCCAACCUACUUGAACUGACACUAUGGCCUCUAUUUAACAAAGUCUGUCGGACCUGAUCCGACAGUGCGGAUCCGGUUCGCCAGACCUCGCUGAAUAUGGAGAGCAAUACGCUCUCCGUAUUCAGCAUUGCACCAGCAGCUCACAAGAGCUGCUUGUGCAACGCCGCCCCCUGCAGACUCGCGGCCAAUGGGCCGCCAGCAGGGGUUGUCAAUCAACCCGAUCGUACUCGAUCGGGUUGAAUUCCGGCGAUGUCUGUCCGCCUGCUCAGAGCAGGCGGACAGGGUUAUGGAGCAGCGGUCUUUGUGACAGCUGCUUCAUAACUGCUGUUUCUGGCGAGCCUGCAGGCUCGCCAGAAACACGGGACAUCAAGCUCCAUUUGGAACUUGAUAGAUAGGCCCCUAAGAGGAAAGAGAUGUAGUAGAAAUGGGGGAUGAUAUUAUGUCUGUUUACUAUAUGACCAGGGCAUUUUUCAUCAGUUUGCUGUAUAAACGAAGAAAUGCUCUUCAAUAGCUGACAAAUUUGCGCAAGUUCUGCCAAGCAAAGAUGAGUCAAGAUUUAUGUGUAUAUAUAUAUAUAUAUAUAUAUAUAUAUAUAUAUAUGUAUAUACAUACAGUAUCCCAUAAAAGUUAGUACACCCCUCACAUUUUUGUAAAUAUUUUAUUAUAUCUUUUCAUGUGACAACACUGCAGAAAUUACACUUUGCUACUAUAUAAAAUAGUGAGUGUACAGCCUGUAUAACAGUGUAAAUUUGCUGUCCCCUCAAAAUAACUCAAGACACAGCAAUUAAUGUCUAAACCGUUGGCAACAAAAGUGAGCACACCCCUAAGUGGAAAUGUCCAAAUUGGGCCCAAAGUGUCAAUAUGUUGUGUGGCAGCCAUUAUUUUCCAGCACUGCCUUAACCCUCUUGGGCAUGGAGUUCACCAGAGCUUCACAGGUUGCCACUGGAGUUCUCUUCCACAUAUUUAGCUUACAUCUUAUAUAGCCAAACAUCUGAGGCUGACAAUCACAUCAUGUAUGAAUUGAACCUGUUCUCAAAUACAGUUCAUUAACCCCCUUAUGCCCCUAUAAAGUUCUAUGCCAUCCUAACCGCAUUGGGCUUUAAAGCCCUUAGGGCUGCAUAGAACGUCAUAGCCAUUUGGAUGUUCUAAAGCCAAAUGCGCUUCCUGAAUGGGAACAUGGGCUGGAGGGCAUGCCUAGUGUCAUAGGCUCUCCCUCCUGACAUGAUCCCAUCAUUGAAAUCAUGCGAUUGCAUGAACAAUAGCAUGAUUUAAAUUUUUUACUUAUUUGUUUACAUCGGAACUUUGUUCCGAUGUAGACAAAUAAGUCCGGGCGGGAAGGGGUUAAAGCUCUGCUCCUACCUAAUGAGACCAGCUUAUGGGUUAUGCCUGGAAUGUGGCAUGGUUAUAUGUUGGGCAUUAUUCAUAUAGUUGGCUAUUACUUGCACAAAACAGUGUAUUUAUAACUGGAUGCUCUUUUUAUCUCUAUUAUUAUAAGCAUUAAAACAUGUCGAAAUAUUUUUGGAAUGAAAAAAUGUUAAAGGGACCUGAGAAACAAUUUUUUUAUUUCAUGAAUCAGACAGAGCAUACAACUUUGAAUAACUUUCCAAUGUAUUUAUAUUCUAUAAUUCACUUCAUUUCCUUGGUAUCUUUUGUUGAUGGAGCAGUAAUGCACUACAGGGUGUUAGCUGAACACAUUAGGUGAGCGAAUAGCAUGGUAUGUACGUUGACCAAUCAGCAGCUUCUGCGCUUACCUAGGUAUACUUUUCAACAAAGUAUACAAAUAGAACAAAACAAAUUUGAUAAUAGAAAUAAAUUGGAAAGUUAUUUAAAAUUGCUUGCUCUAUCUGAAUCAAGAAAGUAUAAAUUUGGGUUUUAGGUCCCUUUAAGUAAAAGCUGUUUUAAUAUAAAUUGAAAUGUUCCUCCUCCCAAUACUCACUGGCUAAUAAGGACAACUUGCACAGCUCUAUUGUUGGAGAGAGAAAAGUCUUUGCAAACCUGACACAAAAAAUGGUGGUUGGUCUGGACAGGAAAGCACAUUAAAUAAAUGUAAUACAUUUUGAAAUGCUCUUUUUUUAAAGAAACUGAUAAUAAAUACUUACAAUGCCCCUUUA